AUGGCAUCCAAGAUAACAGUCCUUUCUGGGGAAAAGAGAAGAAGUUUAGCUGAGAUGACCUGGAGGAAGUGUUGUUGUUAAAGUCCGAUCUAGUUUCCUAAAUGACACAAUGAGAGAGAGGGACAAGAAGCAAGAGAAAAGAACAGCAAAGAUAGAAAACGCAGCUGCUGUUGACUCUCACUGCUGAAAAACCCAGGCACAGCACAGUCUGAUCAGCCACUUCAAGACCUGGCAAACUUGUAUUAGCAUCAAGCUGUUUAGAUCAUUGCAUUUAGCUGCCUCUCUGGUCACAGGCUUGCAAAUUUUACAGUCCAGGCUAGCCAAGCCAGGCAGAAGGAAAAAGAGACAGAAAAGAGAAGAAAUAAAGAGGGGAAGAAAAAGAACUGGCGGGGGAGGGGAAUGAGCAUGCAGCAGGUGACAGUCUUACAUCCAGGUCAGUUUCCCCAAGCCAAUGGCUCAUGGGGCUGAUGUGUUUAAGGCAUGUCAGUUUCAUAGCCAAUGUUACCCAAGGGAGAAAUGUGGCUAGCAGCACAUCCAAACGCCUUUGGCUGCCCUAACCUGCUGGAUCAUUUGGCCACUGUGUGAACUGGAGAUGGCCUUUCAGUGUGAGAUCAAGUGAGACUCAAAAGCACAACUUUUGGGGUUGUAGUUGAGUUAAGUACUCAGCCACUGCACUCACUCACAUCCCAGGUGCUAGUUGGGUUUAGCUGCAGCUGGUGGAGGUGCUGCUAUCAUCUGAAUCCUCUGUCAGGACAUCUCUCAGGUUAGGAAGAAGAUGGUCUGUGGGUCCAAGAGACAGUGGGGGUGGCAGCCAUGAUGUUGUAGCUCACUCUUUCCCCUUUUUUCAGUCAGCCAGAGUUGCGGUAGCCUCCUCCUUAUUUCCCCAAAAAAGUCUUUUCUUUUAAGGAACCCAAAAGGGAGUGAUGGGUAGAAUACCCAUACCCUCAUUAUUUGGUUUACCAGUUAGGUCUAACUUCUGACACACCAAUUCUGGUCUCACUGUUCUUAUAUACCAGGCAUGAUUUUAACACAGUUCUGGAAUUGUAUCCGUAGGUCUCUUUGUUUGGACUAAAUCAGUCUUUGUCUCUCUUUUGUACCUUUUCCCAUCAUUUGAUGUUAUUGUGACAUUUUAUGAACUUCGAAUCACUUUUUACAGUGGAGCUCACAAUUAGGGUCAGUUUGUAGGACCAGUUACCACAACCGUCCAUCGAAAUGAUAGAUGCUGGGUUUAUGGGCAAGGAAGCUACCACUGAAAAUGCUGUGAUUUGGUGCCUUUUCUUGGCCUUUUACAGUCUAAGGCCUAGAAUAAAACACCUUGUGCCCACUGAAAAGAAAGUACCAGGGAAACUAGCACAAUCCUGCUUCCGGUCUGAACAGGGAUUUGAUCGCUUGGCAUUCACAACACUGACUUUCCAGUCAUCCCGGUCGCUUCAGCACACAGUCCGAUGGCUCUGCCAGCCAUGCUUCCCAAGUUCAAAUCCAUGGUGAUGUGCACAGCGUCUGUUUCAGUGGCUGAGUGCAAGAUGGAUGAUAUUGGAACUCUCCAAGUGGAAAGUGAAAAAUAGUAGGCUCCCUUGCAGGGUCAGGAGGCGUUCCCUUUACAUAUGCUCUAAGCAGAAAAGAGGCUUAUGGAUGUACUGCACCUUUUAAAUCUUGGGUCCCCUGACAGCAGACUAAAGUGUUGAUAUUCCACUGAUUAACACAGUCUGCUGCCAGCUAACAAGUACUUCUCUACCGUCUUGCUAGACUCAGCAUAGCCCCAGUCGCUUGGAUGCUUAAACCCUGAAUUUGAUAACCACAUAUCCUCACAUCCUAUGAAUAUAUCUUCCCACCAAGGGAUGCAGUCUGAGGAACAUUCAGUUAAUUUUAAAAGAUGCAGAAUGGCAUGCUCUAGCGUGAAGCAAUGGCCAUCCUGUUUGUCGUUGUUGCCAGAGGCACGACCAUCCUUGCCAAACAUGCCUGGUGUGGAGGGAACUUCCUGGAGGUGACGGAACAGAUCCUGGCAAAGAUACCAUCAGAGAACAACAAACUCACCUACUCACAUGGAAAUUAUCUAUUUCAUUAUAUCUGCCAAGACCGGAUUAUAUACCUAUGCAUCACAGAUGAUAACUUUGAACGUUCCAGAGCCUUCAGUUUCCUGAAUGAAAUCAAAAAGAGAUUUCAGACUACGUACGGUUCAAGAGCACAGACAGCACUUCCAUAUGCCAUGAACAGCGAAUUCUCCAGUAUCUUGGCUGCACAGCUGAAACACCACUCGGAGAACAAGGGUGCUGAUCAGAUUGUGGAGACACAAGCCCAGGUUGAUGAACUUAAGGGAAUCAUGGUCCGAAACAUAGACCUGGUGGCCCAAAGAGGAGAGAAGCUGGAGCUGCUGAUAGACAAAACGGAGAAUCUAGUGGAUUCAUCUGUCACAUUCAAAACUACCAGCAGGAACCUGGCCAGAGCCAUGUGUAUGAAGAACCUCAAGCUUACCAUCAUCAUCACAGUAGUAUCAAUUGUCGUCAUCUACAUCAUUGUGUCGGCUGCCUGCGGUGGGCUUACAUGGCCCAGCUGUGUGUAGAAGUAAACAGAUGGCCUGUGCUGAUCAGCCAAGGAUGAGAGCGCAUGAGCGUGUGCGAAGGAGCAACCCACAAAAUAACUUGUCUUUCACUACUGACACCUCAUUCUUCCAUCCUUCCAGGACUUUGGACUUCUCUUUGUCUUAUCACCACUAGCGGCCCCAAAUCACUGCCUCAGUGCAGUUUCAGCCUCAAGGAAGAGCUGUUUUAAAACUACUUGAAGGGAUUUUGUUUCUUUGUUCUUUUGUCUUAACUGCAGUUUCUCAGCUGGGCAGGCAGCAAGGCUGGCUCCAGAGGGUACGUGCAUGCUCAUCUGUGUGUGUAUGUACAGCUUUGCACUUUAAUGGGAGCAUGCUAAGCAGAGAACAGCAUUGCUAGUGCCUCCAUCUCUGCAUGAUGAGUGGGGUUGGAGAGCUCAAGGUGGGUCUAUGAAGGUAGUCAGAGUGGUGAAAGUUCAUUUUGCUGCCACUAUAUUGGGAUCUAAUUAACAUCUCCUCCCUACAUGUUUGGUCCACAAAGUGAUGUAUUAUGUAGAGUUAAAUGCUUGUUUGUUCAGGGGCCACCAAUGCAAACAUGGGUUGAGGUCACAAAUGGAAUGGCACAGUAGAUGUUAAGAUCCCUUAAAGGAUCUUGGAGAGACCUCUCCCUCUUCAAUAUGGAACCCUUUUUUCCUUUGGGGUAUCUCUUUGGACAUCUGUACAGAUGGGUGGGGAUUGAGUGGGCAUGUUGAAAUGUCUCCUCUUUCACCCUCUGUAUUCUGCCCAGCUCCCCUACUCUGUGACUAAGUUGAUAGAGUAAAGGUGAUGGUUGUGAUAACUUGGCUGCUGUUUGUCAUUGCAUUUUAAGUAUUGCUUCUGUCCUGUAUGUUUAAUCCUCCCCCACUCAAACUUACAGCAAGUGCUUAUUACUCAAGAUGGAAGAGAUGGAACUGGGGCCAAGCUAUUUUUCUAGUUUGCAAAGAGAAUGUGUGUUCUGAGGUGCCAUGUGCUUGCGUUUCCAUCCUGGUCAGAUCCUUCCACAUGUUAAAGAAACAGGUAACUGAUGGUUCCAUCCCAGUUCUAGGUCUCAUCUUGUGUUGGUCUGAAGGGACGCUCUUAUCCAAUAUGUAUUCUGGAUUCUUAUCUGUGGUACAAAACGCCACUGUUAACAACCAAAGGCAGGGGUCCUUGACAAAUAUACCGCCAUGAGAACCUCACAGGGCCAAAAAUAGCCCCUUAGAGACUUGUCCAGUGUCCGAUGAUAGCUUUGAUUAGAAACCCUUUGUCCUAUCUGGACGUCCUUAUCCUAAUUCCUGUAUAAUCCCUCAGUAGCUGAAAUGGGGGUGGCACUGUCCAGUUAUAUACAAUGCUGAUUUGUAAAGUAGUGGCUUGAGGUCUGACCUAGGCAGUGUGUAAAAGGCUUGCUGACUCUUUUUAUUGGUAAACUGUUCAAUAUUUCUUUUGAAAGAGCUCUGUUUCCUAUGGAGGGGAUGGAGACAAAAGCAAAUCCUCUGAUAAAUGAGAAAUACGAGAUGGCUUAACACACACAUCUAACUCCUGGGCCCUAGAGUUUCCCACUGCUCAGUCACUGAGCACUGAGAAACUAACUCCUACUAUUAAGAAGGUGGAGAUGUGUGUGUGGGAGGAAGGGAGAGAGGUUUAAUACUAGUGCAUAUAUUUAAAGCCAUGUGCUUAUUGCAGUGCCAUUAAUCAGAUGUGAUGUACAGAACAGCUUUUGCACUCUGGCCUUGAGGAGUUUAUCCCUGAGGCCAUUUAGUACUGGCUCCCCAUGAAAUGGGGCACUGAAAACCAAAUUGCCACCCCAUCACAUCCUUUGUGCUGCUGUAUGUUACACACUGAUCUCUCAGCAGGUUCCAUUCUGUAACAGUACUCUAAAUUCACAUCCAUGCAUGGGUUUAUCCUCAGUAGACCAAAAUCUGAUCCAUGGUAGUUGGAAAUUGGUAAGUAGUGACUUCCUGCCAUGCAAGUAAACAUAUUUGUGACUCUGUUCUCCAUGUUAAGUUCACUUCCAUCACCAGUUGGACUAACCACUGAGAAUAGAGGCAGUGCUGAGUUUAUUGGAAACCCUCAAUCAGUGAAAUACUCAUGGCUCAUCUGGGAAGAGCAGGAGAUAGGUCAUCUCCUUCAAGUAUGCACUACUGCCCACAAUCAAUGUGCAACUCUGCAUGUUUUAGGGAUUGGUGAUGUUACUGUUAAUUUACUAUGAUUUGUCUCUUUAUGUACAAAUACUUUUUAUAUAAACGAUUUCCUCUUGUUUUAAAGAAUGCAGUGAGGCAUUACUGUAAAACAAAGUUAUCCUGUUUGAAUAAAUUUACUGUAUGGCAAA